CCACCAGACCAGAUAGAGGUCUCCUGCAAGAGAAAGAUACGGGGGUAAGAGGAUAGCAAGGGAGUGAAAGUCAGGAAAUAGCAAGCCGCCGAAGGCAGAGAGAACGAGCAAGUCACGGGACGGAGCCCCAAGCUCGGGCAGGUCGUUGAAUGAUAGAGAUCGCGAGUUAAACUUCCUAACCGCGUGUGCUGAUCCGAUUACGACGUAAAUGUUAGCGGUCAUUGCUGGUCUUAGGCAUAUUUUCGUCUGUAUCCUGCGGCUCGUUUGCUACGAGCACGAGUUUUUAGUCCCUGAAUUGAAUGUUCGACCGCAUUCAAUGCAUGUCUAAUCCUGAACUCGUUUGUUUUCCACCAUACGUAUAACAAAGUCAUCGAGCCACCACGGUACAUCUAGACAAAAAUAGACAUGAUAAAUUCUUCAGGCCGGCCGCUGCAGCAGCAGCAGCAGCCUCAACAGCAGCAACAACAGCAGCCGUCGCAGCAGCAGCAGCGGCCGUGCGAUGUGGCGACGUUCCAGCGGAGCAGCGUCCACAUACUGCUAUCGGAUAAGGACAGCGAUUCGCGGAGCAGCGUGUUGGAAUUAUUGCGGAGCUGUUCAUAUCAAGUGACGGCGGUGGAGAAUGCUCGAGCGGCGCUGCAGCUGCUGCGGUCGGGCACGGCGGCGAUCGACCUCAUUCUGGCGGAGGUCGAGCUGCCCAACGGCAAGGGCAUGAAGAUGCUCAAGCUCAUCGCGCGCGAGGAGCGGCUGCGGAAAAUACCGAUAGUCAUGAUGUCAGCACGCGACGAGAUGGCCAUUGUGGUGCGCUGCCUGCGUCUCGGCGCGGCGGAUUUCCUCGUGAAGCCGCUGCGGACCAACGAGCUCUUGAAUCUUUGGACGCACAUGUGGCGCCGCCGCCGAUCGGCGUCUUGCAAGUUCGGCCUAACGGAGCGGCCGCAGAACCUGGUGCCUGUGAGCAUGAACGAGCUGCCGCACGACUUUGUGUUCAUCGACACCAGCGAGUCCAACACCGGCACCGGCAGCACGGACCUGUUCUCCGAUGAGACCGACGAGAUGCGCCGGAGCAGCACGCAGCAGCAGCAGCACCAGCAGCUGCAGCUGCAGCUGCAGGAGCAGCAGGAGCAGCAGCAGCAACUGCAGGAGCUGGAGCAGCAGCAGCAGCAACAGCAGCUGGUGCAGCAGUGGCGGCAGGUGCGGCAGGAGGUGGAUGUGGAGCAGUGGAGGCAGGAGCAGGAGCAGGUGCUGCUGCAGGAGCACAGACAGCAGGAGCGCCUGUUGCAGAGGCAGCAGGAGGACCAGAAGCAGCAGCAGCAGCAGCAAGGGCACGGGAAGCAGCAACAACAGCAGCAGCAGCGGCGGCAGCAGCAGCAGCACGAGCAGAGACAGGAGCAAAAGCCAGAGCAGGAAAGAAAUGCCGAGCAGAUUCGGGCACCUAAGGCGCACAAGGGCAAAGAAGCCAUUGGCGCCAGUGUCAACGCUCCUCCAGUGCAAAUCUCCCGCCAACUGGCAAGUCCGGCGAUGCAGGGCGACGUUAAAGGGCGGGGAGGGCAAGGUAUGCAAAUAGAGAUGCAUCAAGGGGGGGAAAGCAGAGGAGGGAAGGAGAAAGGCAGGGAAAGGAAGGGUGAUGUUGUGGGAGGAGGCAAGAGGAGGGGCGACGUGGUAGGGAGUGCAGCGGCGGAUUGCGCCAAGAGGAGAGGAGCAUGCGAGGUGACGGCGUCCAAACGCUUGCGGAUGAAUGAUGCGGUUGGAUGCGGUGGAAUGGAGCAACCAGGCAAGGCACGGAGAGAGGAGCACGAAGAUGUGACGAGGGAGAGGGGACCGAGAGAGCAGCAGCAGCUGGGGUGUGGCGAGGGGGUGGGGGACCGGAUGGAAGGAGGACAGGCAAUGAGUGAGGACACUGGUGCUGGUGGUGACGGUGCUGCUGCUGCGGCUGCUGCUGCUGCUGCUGCUCGUGCUGCUGGUGCUGCUGGUGCUGCUGGUGGUGGUGCAUUUGGCGAGCACGACACGGAGGGAGGAAUGGACGACCAGAGUAAGGGGAUAGAAGGCUGUGAUUUGGAUACCAGGGCUCGACAGGUGCUGCCUACCUUCACCUAUCUUCCUUUCUGCCUGUCGUUUUCCUCUGCCCACCUCUGCCUGUCAUAUGCAUUGCCAUAUCCGCCUACUGUUGUCAUUGCCCCAUUGCCCCAUUACCCAUGUGCGAAACGCUCCACCGUGGCCCAGUUUUUCACACCCGCACACCACUCUCGUUGUGCUCCUUUCUUUGUCCCUGCCUUCCUUGCCUUGUCCCUGCAGCCAUCCCCGCAGCUCGAGCUCUCUCUCAUGCCUCCUCUCACUCACCGACUGCUCCCUCCCCCCUUUCCUCCUCCUCCUCCUCCUCCUUCGCCUCCUGCAAUUAGCGCCGCAAUGCUCGCCGCCUCCCUGCCGUUCAACGCUUCCCUGCACGGCCGCUCUCCGCUGCUCACUGCUCCAGCACUCCCAUCGGCACCCCCAAUCAGCACGUUACUGCUCGCUUCCACCCCCAUUUGCCCGGGCGCUGUUGUUCCAGGAACUGGGCCAGCAACAGCAGCAGCAGCAGCAGCAGCAGCAGCAGCAGCAGCAGCAACAGGUUGCACAGCAGCAGGGGGUGCUAGGUCACUUCUGCCAGCACUGGUACCUGCCAGCACUCUUGCCCGCGCUACAGCACCAACCGCUGCGUUACCACCACCCACGGCGGUAGGAGGCGCACUUCCCAGAGGCGUUGGCCUCAGUGCUUCUCUCAUGCAUCCCAAUCCCUUGCACAUGACAGCUCGUGACACGGGCUCAAAUCCAGACAAGCCCUUGUCGCAGCUCACCACCUGUCCCCUGCCUGCUAUCCCCUCUGAACCUAGCCUACCUUGGCUUCGGCCCACCGGCGCAAGAGCUUUCCUCCUUGACCCUGCGCUUCUUGCCCCGACGCCUGCUGCUUCUGCUCCUGCGGCCGCUGCUGGCACUGCCACUGGCACUGGUGCUCAUGCUCUUGUUCGAGAGGUCCCUCGAGUUGGCGGAGGUGCAGUGACAGGGAACGGUGCUGAAGGUGCCGCUAGUGUUGGUGCUAGUGGCCUAGAUGCGGCUGCUGGCACACAAGGGGCCCUCUUCAAGCAAGGGCUCUUCAGUGCCCUGCUCUCUUCACCAGAUGCACCGUGGCGCACUUCAGCAAGCCACAGGCACGAUGUGGGUUAUGGUCCAGGAGGGGGGAAACGGGGAGAAGAGAGAGCGGGCGGGGCAGAGAAGGAUGCUGGGGCCGAACGAGAGGGUGAGGCAGAGGUAGGGCACAGGGCGGGAAAGAAGGUGAGGGGGCAGGUGGAGGGAUCGGGAGAGACAGACAGGGAGGGGGAGGUGGGCCAGGCAGCCGCAUUAGCGCCCACAGCAGCAGCAAUAGGCCCCCCCGCAAUACUAUCAACAGCUGCAGCGGCAGCAGCAGCAGUAGCAGAGCCUCCUCCUUCUAUCGCACUGCACAAACCACCUACGCCAGCAUCAGCAUCUGAGUCCGCCAGAGCAUCUGGCACUGCCCGGGGAAAGGACGGCUCCCCUACAGGAGCAUCCGGGGGAGGCGCUUCUGCUGGUGGGACGGGCAGCGGGGGAAGCAGGACCGGGAAUAGAGGGGGAGUAGUUUCAGCGGCUAUGGGUCGAGGCGAGGUAACUCAGCAGCUGGAGGCGCUGCAGGCACAGGACCAUAUGAACACGCGAGGCAAUGGCUGUGGUAGCAGCAGCCUUGUAGACCAUGCUGCGUACAACCACAUACCUGCACAUGCAGCUAGCUUGGCCGGUGCAGGCAGCAGCAUGACAGGCGGGCACCUGGGGUCUUCCAAUUGGUGGGGUGGCGCAGGGCAGGGGCCAUCCAGUGCUGUCCCAUCCCGGGGCACGUGCCCUGCUUGGGACAGCACCACGGUCUUUGGAGCAACCGCCCCCACUGGCGCCACGCCUGGCGUUGAUGGGUUUACUGCAGCAGCGGCCGCAGCAGCCGCUGCAAUGGCGGCUGCAGCUGCUGCCACAGCUGCUGCCACUGCAGCGCCCUCCUCCUCCCACCCCUUCGCUGGGCUUGUUUCUAACCAGCCUGUCACUCCUCAUCCGUUCCCUCCCCACUCCUUCCCCCACCCUUUGCAAUUCCUCAACUUCCACCCGCCUCACAGUCUGUCACAGGACCUACAGCCCCCCCCUGACUCCCUGAACCCUCCGUUGGACCGCCCCCCCUCGUCCCUUAUCCCAUUCCCACCCACGCUUCCUGCUCUCGCUACUCACAUGCCAGCUCAGCAGCAGAGCCAGCACAUGCCAUCGCCAUUCCAGCACCUGCCGCCACACAUAGCAGCCGCUGCUGCUGCAGCAGCAGCAGCCUCAGGCCUUCCCCCCCAGCACCCCCUCACUCAGUCCCUUGUCGCCGCCGCUGCUGCUGCAGCUGCCAUGCCAUCAGCAGCCGUCCCGCCCUCACCUGGAGCCCACCUGGGUAAUCACCUGGCGCAGGGCCCCCUCUUUAACCACCCGCAGCAUCACACCCACCCGUUCUUUGCCGCGGCUGCAGCAGCUGCUGCUGCCUUCCCUCACCUGUCUCCAGAAGCGGCAGCAGCAGCUGCUGCAGCUGCUGCUGCUACUGCAAGCCUGCACAUGUCAACAGGCCUUUCCACCCUUCCUCCUCCCACUCCUGCGUCAAGUCAUUCCAUGUUCUCAAACGACCUACUAGGGACCACCAACGCAGGACCCUUACCCCCAGCCUCCACAGCAGCUGCCUCGAUCCAAGCCAUGCCCAUCCCCCCUCACAACCCAUUUUCCAUAUUCUCCUCCCUCUCUCCCCCACAAGUCCCCCUUGGUGCGCCUGGGGGUCUUCACCUGGCCACGCAGCCAGGGCACCUUCCUGACAUGGCUGCGGGCGUUUCCUUGCUGCCAGGGAGUGGAGGGGGGGAUGCCGGGGCAACAGGCUACCCCUGGCCGGGGCAGGGGGGGGGAUUGCAUUUCUCUGCAGCGUCAAUGGCUGCAGCGGCAGCUGCUGCUGCAGCAGCAGCUGCAUCAGGAGCUGGUAUAGGAGGAGGGUGUGGAGGAGGAGAAGCGGGUGGGGGAAAUAUGGGAGGUGGGAUUGGUCCAGGGGGAGGGGGAGGGCAGAUGGAGAGGCGAGUGGAGAUGUAUGACAGGCGGGAGGCAGCGCUGUGCAAGUUCAGGCAGAAGCGCAAGGAUAGGUGCUUUGAAAAGAAGAUUCGGUAUGUGAGCCGGAAGCGGCUCGCAGAAAUGAGGCCGAGAGUGAAAGGGCAGUUUGUGAGGCAAACUGGUGGAGGGGGAGGUGCGUCAGGGAUGGCGAGGGAUGAGGAAACGGAAGAAGAUGACGAGGAAGAGGAGGAUGGCGAUGGUGGACUUUGUGAUGGUGGAGCAGGAGCACCCUAAGGAAUGCAUCUGAUUUCUAAUCGCAACUUUUGAGCAGAAUUAACGUUGCUUGACUUGAAAUAGAUGCAACCAAACUGAUUGCUUGGUUAUCAGCACUCAACCCACUUCAUUUAUUGACAUUGCCAUGUUAACCAUGGUUUUGUUGUGAUGCAGUUUUAGA